GCCGUGUCCAUGCCCGUGGGGCCGCCGAGCCCGGCUGCGGAGCCCCCCUCGCCGUGGAGCCGGCCGGGGCUGCGCGCUCCCGAAAUAUGAGCAGCCGCCCCCCGGGAGGAGCCGGCUCGGGCGUGUGCUUCGGCCCGCGGGAGCCCGACAAGCCCUUCGCGGACUCGGAGCGGGCGCAGAAAUGGCGCCUGUCGCUGGCCUCGCUGCUCUUCUUCACCGUGCUGCUCUCCGACCACCUGUGGCUCUGCGUUGAGGCCAGGCAGGUCGCGGCCGGGCGCCACCGGGACCCAGAGCGGGCGGGAGCGGGCAGGGAGGACGGCAUGGACGGCGCGGCGGAGGCGGAGGGCGGCGGCGGCGGCGGCCAGUGCUUCAGCCUGCUGGGCGACGCCGAGGCUGCGUGCCGCCGCCUGCAGCAGCCCGGAGCCUCGGCCCAGGCGGAGCUCUACCUUCCCUUUUGUAGUUCCUACACGCUGCGCGAGCUCUUCGCCGGGCUUUCCCGCCCGGACACUCUGAACUGCACUCUGGACCUAGGCGAGGGGGACGGGGACGAGGAGUUGGAUGGCGAAGGGCGCCGCAGGGAGGACGAGGAUUGGCUCGGCUCUUGUCGCCGCUGCGUCCUGGCUUACCAGAACUACGACCAGCAAGCGCAGGACCGCUACCGAGAGUUCGAGCUCGUGCUGCAAAAAUACUUGCAGGCGGAGGAGUACUCGGUGAAAUCCGGCCCGGAGGAUUGUAAGACUGUCUACAAAGCCUGGCUCUGUUCCCAGUAUUUUGAAGUCACACAGUCUCACUGCAACAACACAAUUCCUUGCAAGCAAUACUGUUUGGAGGUUCAGACAAGGUGUCCAUUUAUAUUACCAGACAACGAUGAUGUCAUCUAUGGAGGAUUAUCCAGUUUCAUCUGUACAGGGCUCUAUGACAACUAUCCAACCAAUGCAGAACCAGAAUGCUGUGAUGUCAGAUGGGGACUAUUAUCAGAUAACCAAUCCAAAGGGACUAUAAAAACAAGUGACUCGAUGUGUCACCGGACAUCACUCACAGUUUCAUCAGCAUCAAGACUGUGUAACAGCAGACUUAAACUAUGUGUUCUCGUACUAAUUCUCUUACAUACAGUACUAACAGUCUCAGCAGCACAGAACUCAACCGAACUGGGCUUUGGCGGCAUAACAACUUUGGAAGAUAAUUCAACCAAUGAGGAAUAAAAGAUCCAAUUCAUCUUCUCCUAUGGGCCUACAGCAGGCCCACAUGUACUGCAGUCAAACACAAGAGACUGGGUCCUUUUGCCCUCCAUUCAAUCCUCCAAAGGCCUUCUGGGUAAAACUCAGCAGAAGGGCCACAAUCCAAACAAGGACACAUCAAAUACAGCUUUUUAUUGACUAAAAGGCUGUCUGGUGACUUAAAUUUCUCACACCAUUUUAUACACUGUGUUUUAAUGUUUGGAGUUUCUUUCUUUUGUUUUUGCACUUGUUAAUACAGGAUUUUAUUUUUUGGACAGUUUCUCAGAGCUAAACUAAGUCUUUUCACUGUCUUAUCUAUUUCUAGUCAUUGUGUGUGUUCAUCCAAUAGUUCUGUCUUUUAUGUCUUGUCAGUUUCUAUUAGAGGAAAGAACUGCUGUGGUUCCAUGGCAUAACUAACUAAUGGAUUAAUUUUUAUUUUUAGAAAAAACAACAACAGUAACCUUGCCCCCUAAACGGGCCCUACUCCCCCACAAAAAAAAAAUGGUUCUCCUUCUCCUCUCCAGUGCCCCAAAGCCGAAAAUGCCCGCUUGCUUUUCCGUCUGUGUAAUCACAAUGAAUGGGCACACGAUUCAGAUGAGCCUCUGCCCAUGUUGCACAAGUCACCUGACUGGAACCCAAAGUGAGGAUGGGGAGGCAAAAGAGAAGUGCUCUCCUUCUAAGGUGGAAUCGGACAGUGAAAUUGUAACGUAACAAAACCUAUAACAAACUGUUGCUCCAAUUCCCAUUUUCAAAGAAGUCCAGUCCUUUCUCACUGGUCAGUUGAACAGGAGCAGCCUGGGACAGAAGACAGUGCAUGCAAAACCAUGUUUAGAGCUCAGCAAAGAUGACUAGAUGAGAGAGGCCUUCACAGUGGCGGUAGAAGUUUGGCAUUCAUUGUGAAUUACGGUUUUACUAAUUCCGCCGCAGUCAUGAGAGCAGCACGUGUCAGUAUAAUCUAUAGGAGCAAAGAGGUUCAGCAAAAAAACAAAGAUUUUCCUUUUCCCCUUUACCAGUUUCUGAUUAUCUCUCCACAAAUUCCCCCAGAAAACACAUAAUGUGUGGACAUCACACAUGAGUGCACACCCAACCUAGUUUAAAUAGCAACAUUUCUUGGAAAUCUCUGACCCCCAACCAGGGUUCCCAGAUGCCUGUAUACUGGUGUUUAAAGACACAGUUGUGUUUCGCCAACAUCACACAUUUGUUGUGGGAACAUUGGUAUAAGGUGUGUGUUUCCUGGAGCAAUCCAGUGUAUGAAACUGUCCGCAGUCUAUUAAAUAUGACAUGUUAAUGAAAUUCCCCUUAAAACUAAAGGCAGACGAGGACAUUGGGGGGGCGAAGGCAGAACUAAACAUUAGCACAGCUGAAAAAGAAAACAUAAUUUUGUUUUUUUAAAAAAUCAUGAUAAUAGAUAAACCAUUUCCAUGAGUGUGCAAUAAAAUUUAACACGUUGGGCUGAGUAGUCAAAGCGGGGCAGGGAGAUAGAAUAAUCCAGUUGUCUUUCCCCCCCCAUUUCUUUCUUUGUAGAAUCAUACCACCUGCUGAGUGUAUGAGAACUUGCUUUUUAAAAAGGCUUUUUAGAGUUUACACUAGAAUAAAUGGAAGGAAAAGUUAAUAAGGGCUGUUUUAAAAAAAACUUUUCAUUCCUUCCUGUUCUCUAACUACACUUGGAAAGUGCACUUUAGAGCUGUUUGCUGUGUAGCUGAGAGAUGAAGGAAAAAAAGAUAGGAAAUAUUCUCUUAGCAAACCAAUUAUCUACUUUCUAGCUAUGAAAAACUCCAUCCUUCCCUGGCCCUUUCAAGAAAACGUUUCUGUUCAUCACUGCGGUGUUGAUAAUGCAUUUUUAUUCAUGUUUUAUGGUUUGUGAAGUUCUGCAAAAAAUAUAUAUAGGUAUAUACAAAAACAAAAAACAAAAAAAAUCCCUACUGCUUUAGCAGGUUAAAAUAAUGCAUUUGUUUAAGAUGUAUAAGCUCAACUAUUUUGCAAGACUUCUUGUUUUGAUAGUGUUUUGCUAUGAACUGAGAAUGAGGAUCUUAAAAUGACCUGUGCAAAUACAAAAAAGCACGUAAAAUGCAGAAUUAUUCAGCUUCAGUUUCUUUCCUUACCCUUCUCCCCUCCUUACUGCGCAUGUGCACACACAGGUAUUCUACUUGGCAUUUAAAAAUGGUGCUUUUAUUUUCCCACCCCCCACCCCGGAAGAGCACAUCUCAUAUGAAUUAUACUCAUAACUCUACUGUGGAAAUACUUUGAAAAUUUAGGGGUGGGGUGGGGGUGGGGGGAGAGAAAGCUUUAACCGAUAGUAGAAUGUAAAUUUCAAAGAGCAUUUUGGUCUGUUGCGGAAAAAAAGUAAUGCAGCAAUAAGGGGACUGGGCUGCAGUACUUUAGGGAGUUUGCUAGAGUCGCGCGACUAAGAAAGCACAUAGGUGAGCUCUUGUUCAACUGACCUCUUCUCUUAAUCUUAAACGUAAAUGGUCAGUAAACAGUUUGUUAUAAACCUUGAUCUACCUCUGCUGUGCAAAGGCCAUUCAACAACAUCCAUUUCUGUGACAUUCAUUGCAUUAUCAUUUUGGUUCACCCAUGGACUAAGACACUCAUUUGUUCUAUUUUUUUUUAUUUUUUUUUGCACUGCCCCAAUACAGUAGCGAGUUCUCUUCGUCCCCCAUUUAAAGUGGCAUUUAAUGAAGAAGUGCUGGUUCUUCUCAAUGGGACCCUAUUCUGCCUCCUGCUGACCUAACUGCAGAGAAUACCAGAAAGGAACAUUUCUUCUUCUUUCUUGCCUUCCCUUCCCUUCUCUUCCUUUUUUUUUUUCCUUUUCCCUUUUUAAAAUGUGCUUUCAAGGGGAGAGGAAAAACACAGCUCUAACGCUCCCUGGCUUCAAGCGAUGACACCAGGAGGGAGAGAAAUACAGAGAGCUGAAGAAAAACAGUGGCAACGUUAUUCACAUGCAUAAAAAGAGAGAGAGAGCUAAACAAUGAAUAAAAUGAAAAAGGAAGCACAAACCAUUUUAAUUAAAGACGUAAUGAAACACUCCAAAUAGGUGCCUGCAGUCAACAUGGUCUUUGAAUUCUCUAUCACUAUUCCCCCCCCCAACACACUUUUCAGUCUAUUUUCUUCAUUUUUUAUUUUUAUUUUUAAGGAAUAUCACGUUCCCGGGUACACUGCUGCUGUGAUGUCACAUUAUCAUUUGAGCCAGGGUAUUUCUGCUCCAGCAGUGUGGUCUGUAUCAUUUCUUAGUGGCAGCUAGGAAAUCACACAUAGAUUUCCUAAUGGAAGUUCAGAGAACCGUUAAUCAUGUAUGAUGCAAAAAGCUCAUCCCAUCCAUUCCUCAUCCGUAAACAGUUUUCUUGGCACAAACCUGAGCAUGCUUGAUAUUGUGCACCUAUUACUUUUGCCCGAAUAAAUUUGCAUCUUGCCACUGUAACCGCCAUCUUGUUCCAUUUCUCCUUGUGCUGUAUGACUUGGACAUACAUGAUGAAGAACCGGCUUCAAGAUUAAUGAUGUUCAUGUGUUUUUAAAAGCAGAAAAAGAGAGGUAUCUAUUUCAGAGUCAUAUAGACCAGACUUCCCUGCCCUCCCCCCUCCACCGCAAUGUGUUCUAUCAUUUUAUUUUUUUUCUGAAACAGGGAAAAUUCCAGAGUUUGUGCAAUAUAUGAAUACUGCAAAGCCAAAUGUCAUAGAUCACAACCAGAGCUAUAUGUUAAUUCCUUAUUGCAUUUACAUUUGAGAAUACAUUAUAUUGACUUUUCCUUUCAUUAAAGAGAUAGAAUACUUUUUUUUUGCAAAUAAUAGGUAUUGAAGGCUGUCCUUCCGCACACCAAUGAAAAGUGGAAUAAAGGUUGAGACCCACAAGUGGUACAAGAGCACCGUCAACAUCAAAAGACUCUGCGGGAUAAUGGCGUUGGGCUGAAAAGUUUCCAAAAAAGUAUUGUCAUGCAUAGUUUCCUAAAAGCAUAGAACCACUGAAAGGUAACAGGAGCUGUCCAGUACAACAACACAUAGGAGGUAGCAAGUGUAACUGGCUAUAUUGUGUGAUAUAGUCCAAUGCAGUAGUUUGAGAAUAGCAAGACGACAAAACAGAGUCCUUUCUGGUUCCUGGUACUGUUUGCUUUUCACUACAUCCAGUCAAGGGAGUGAAAUGAGGGCAGGGGGCUCUCGAUCAGAAUUAGGGGCUCUCGACAUCACUUUCCAUGGGAUGGAAUAAAAAUAGAGAAAGACAGUGGGGACAAAACCCACUGAAGUUCCUUGCCUAUUUCAAAGGUUGCCAAGAACUGUUGAGAUAACAACACCUGGAUCCUUGAUUGUGUAAAGCACGUAGGGUAAGCUACUGAGUCUGACCACUGGCCCAUCUAGUUCAGUUCUGUUGACACUGACUGGCAGAAGCAGCUCUCCAGCCUUUCAGGCAAGGGACAUUCCCAGCCAUCCCUUGAGAUGCUGAGAAUGGAAACUGGGACCUUCUUGCAUGCAAAGCAGCUGGUAGUGAGCUACAGCCCCAGUAUAUGCCCUAGUAUACAUCGGUCGCAUUAUCCUGCAUAUACAUUAAAGUGCCAGACAGUUCCAUCAAAGCGGAACAUGCCUUCAAGGAUUUCACAGAAAUCACAGAGUUGGGAAGGGACCCUGAGGAUCGUGUAGUUCAACCGGCUGCAAUGCAGAAAGAUGCAGCUUUCACAUGCAGGGAUCGAACCUGCAACCAUGGUGUUAUCAGCACCACUCUCUAACCAACUGUGCUACCCAGGCAAUGCUGCAAUUGCAGGCCACCACCCAAAGUUCCUUGAACCAAAGAGGUCUUUGAACAGGAACACACAACUGGCAUGUUUCAAACCGAUGGGGCUUUCAGAUGCAAUUUGUGAUACGGGAGAACAUUAAAAAUGCAAGGCCUACUGGCUGGGUUAUAGUUUAAAAUGUAUUUUUAAAAUAAAAUGUUGCAAAGCUGAGUUGUCUUAGGCCAUUAGUGGCCUCUCCAUGAGUUGAUGAAAUGAA